AUGAACUUUGAUUUACUUUGUGGUCGUCCAUUACAUAUCAUGUGGUUUCAAUGUGACUCCGUUUUACGUGAAACAGAUGUUCGGGAUGUAUUUAUUACAAAUUUAGAUACAAAUAUUGAUAAUCAAUCACUGUAUGAUACAUUUUCAGCUUUUGGAAAUAUUUUGUCUUGCAAAAUGAAAAUGGGCAAUCAUUUUGAAACGCAAGAAGCAGUCGAUAAUGCUAUUGAUAAACUCAAUGGUAUGUUAUUAGGUGGCAAGAAAAUUUAUGUUGUGCGUUGUAAACCACAUAAUCAAGAAGCUGAUUCUGGAAAAGCACUUAAAUUUACUGAUUUGAUUAUAACAAAUUUUGAUGAUCGAUUAGAUAAACAAAUACUAAGUGAAAUUUUUUCAAAGUAUGGAAAAAUCUUAAACUUUCAGGUUGUAAAAAGUAAUGAUGGGCAGUCAAAAGGUUUUGGAUUUUGCAGUUUUGAAAAUCCAGAAGAAGCUAAGCAAGCUGUUGAGGCUUUAAAUAGAUAUUCAAUUGGUGAUACACAGCUUUAUGUUGUUGGUUAUACAAAAAAAAAAUUAAAGGCAAAAACAUGA